AUUCUAUUCACUUCAGAUAAAGUAGUAGUUCCUACGUUAAUCGACUUUAACUCCUUGCUUUUGCUAUGAUUUUUUCAGUUUUGUUAACUUUGCUUAGGUCAUCUAUGAGUAAUACCCAAUUAUUAUUUUUUGUGUGAGGGAGGAGUAAUGCUCGUUGGUUGUAGAUUGUGUUAUGAGCACGUGUGUGUGAGAGAGGAAUAAUGACUAAAGUACGGAAACAAAAGCGGAAAAAGAAGUUUAGGUACAGUGUAAAUAAGAAGAAAUUAAAAAGUAGACGCAAUAAGCUGCAUAAAAUAGACUGUGAACCAAUGAAGAAAGAAUGGGAAACAAAGAAGUCAGUGAUACAGAACUUGGAAGAAAUGGGCAUAGUGUAUGAUCCAAACACCACUUUUAAAAUCCCCACCACAAAGCAACUGAUGAAGCCUGUUGACGUGGAUGAUGUUGAAGGUAACGAAGAAGAGAACAAAGUACCCAAUAAGCAUCAUGUGGCUGAUGCUAUCGAGAAGGAAGCACAUGCCCCGCGAGUACGGAAAUUUGAAUUGCCAAACAGCCAAGUGGAGUGGCUCACCUACCUCAUGGACAAGUAUGGCGAAGACUACAAGGCCAUGACACGUGAUUCAAAGAACUAUGAGCAACAGACGUGGAAGCAGAUCAGAGCCAAGAUCAACCGGUUCAAGAGCAUACCAGAGCAGUAUGGAAAAUACCUGGAAAAAAAAGGAAUUCAAAAGAUGGAUUGUCAAUAACUUAUAUAUGACAUUUUACUUUGCAAAAAUAAUAAAAUAUUAUGGUUUAAUUUAUUUUGAUGGAUAAUUAAGUAUGAUAUGUAAUUCCUUAUUUAGGUUACAUUAUUUAAACUCAAGUACAAUGUAAGUUCCAAAAUAAACUGUUACUGUCUAUUAAA